GAGCUCCAGGGGAGGCCAGCGCCGCCUGGUCUUGGGUCCCUGAGGAGGAGACGAGGAGUCAAGCAGCGGCCUGACCCGGAGACGACGACCAAGAUUUCCUCUUCCGGGGGAGCAACGCGGCCAACCCCGGAGCAAAUCCCCGUGUCCCCAACCACCAAUGGCUGCCAUUUCCGCUCACUCCUUGGGUUCCCAGCGGUGAUUCAGAUCAAAGAUUCCCACUUUCCAAACUCAUUGAUAAUUUACCAACAUCUGCAUAAGUUGAUAGCAGCCUUUGAACAAUUUGAGCCAAAAUGAAGAUAUUGUUUCUCAUGUUGUUCCUUGUCUCCCUGUUCCUCUUCCCCAAUGUGAUCCACAAGAGCUUAGCUGCAAGGCCUUCAGUUGUGAGUAUUGGUUCCAUUCUUCGGUUUAACUCCACCACUGGAGGUGUUUCAGUGGUUGCCAUCCAUGCAGCCUUGGAGGAUAUAAACUCUGAUCCUACAGUUCUAAAUGGAACAAUGUUACAAGUUGACAUGAGGGAUACAAAUUGCGACGACGGUUUCCUUGGAAUGGUUGAAGCUUUGCAGUUCAUGGAGACUGAUGCUAUUGCAAUCAUUGGGCCACAAUGCUCUACUAUUGCUCAUAUCAUUUCGUAUGUCGCAAAUGAGCUCCAGGUUCCUUUGAUGUCCUUUGCAUCUGAUGCAACUCUAUCAUCAAUUCAAUUCCCAUUCUUUGUACGGACUAUGCCCAGUGAUCUCUACGAAAUGGCAGCUGUGGCUGCAGUUGUUGAUUACUACCAAUGGAAGAUAGUGACUGCCAUAUACGUUGAUGAUGAUUAUGGUCGAAAUGGCAUUGCUGCUUUGGAUGAUGAACUUACUGCUAGGCGCUGCAAAAUUUCCUACAAGGUUGGGUUUCCCUCAAAUGCGAAAAGAAGUGAGCUUCUAAAUUUGUUGGUUACCGUUAGUAAUAUGGAGUCUCGUGUUAUUAUCCUCCAUACUGGUGCGGAACCUGGACUCAAGCUUCUCUCACUUGCGAACGGACUGAACAUGAUGGGCAAUGGCUAUGUAUGGAUUGCAACUGAUUGGCUUUCUUCUUAUAUUGAUGCUAAUUCAUCAGUCCCUGCUGAAACUAUAAAUGGCAUGCAAGGUGUUCUGACUGUACGUCCACACAUCCCUAAGUCAAAGAUGAAGAGUAAUUUGAUGUCCAAAUGGAGCAGCUUAAGCAAGAAAUACAACCACAGUGAUCUUCGCCUGAGUGCUUAUGGAUUUUAUGUUUAUGAUAGUGUGUGGGCAGUAGCUCGGGCCCUGGACGCCUUCUUUAAUGAUGGUGGAAGGAUUUCCUUUAAAAAUGACUCAAGGUUGCGUGAUGAAACUGGGGGAAGUCUUCACCUUGAAGCCAUGAGUGUUUUUGACAUGGGAAACAAAUUACUGGGUAAGAUUAGACAGGUGAACUUCACUGGGGCGUCUGGCCAAGUGCAAUUUAAUGCUCAGGGUGAACUCAUUCAUCCUGCCUAUGACAUCAUAAGCAUAAUUGGAAAUGGCGUGCGGACCAUUGGUUUUUGGUCAAACUAUACAAGAUUGCUGUCGACCGUCCUUCCAGAAGACCUAUAUUUGAAGCCUCCUAAUACUUCUCUUGCCAAUCAACAUCUCUAUGAUGUCAUUUGGCCUGGAGAGACUGCACAGAAGCCUCGAGGUUGGGUCUUUCCUUCCAAUGCCAAGGAGUUGAUAAUCGGCGUCCCCAACAGAUUUAGCUUUAAAGAGUUUGUCACCCUAGAUAAUGGUACUGGGAAAAUGACAGGCUAUUGCAUCGAUGUCUUCACUCAAGCAUUGUCUUUGCUUCCUUAUCCAGUUACAUACAGAUUUGAAGCUUUUGGCAGUGGUACUGAAAAUCCUCAUUACGAUCAACUCGUACAGAAGAUUGUGGACAAUGAGUUUGAUGCAGCAGUAGGGGACAUUGCAAUUACAAUGAGCAGAACUCAAACUCUUGAUUUCACCCAGCCCUUUAUUGAGUCAGGCCUGGUUAUCUUGGCUCCGGUCAAAAAGCAUAUAACGAAUUCCUGGGCAUUCUUGCAGCCAUUUACAUUGGGGAUGUGGUGUGUUGUAGGGUUGUCUUUUCUUGUUGUUGGUGUGGUUAUUUGGGUUCUUGAGCAUCGAAUCAAUGAUGAAUUCCGUGGCUCACCACGGCAACAACUAAUAACAAUUGUUUGGUUCAGCUUUUCGACUCUAUUUUUUGCACAUAGAGAAAACACUAUGAGCACCUUAGGACGUGGUGUUCUGAUCAUAUGGCUAUUUGUUGUUUUGAUCAUUCAAUCCAGCUAUACCGCAAGUCUUACUUCCAUCCUAACGGUGCAACAACUCGAUACUUCUAUAAGAGGACUUGAUGACCUGAAAAAUAGUGAUUAUCCUAUUGGUUUCCAAGUUGGUUCUUUUGCAGAAGAAUACAUGGUCAAGGAACUCAACAUCUCACGGUCAAGGCUAAAAGCUCUCGGUUCUCCUGAAGAGUAUGCUGAAAACCUCAAGCUAGGCCCUAAGAAAGGAGGUGUUAUGGCCAUUGUCGAUGAGCGCCCCUAUGUUGAGCUGUUUUUGUCAACUAACUGUAAGAUUGCUGUAGCUGGCUCAGAUUUCACCAGUAGAGGAUGGGGCUUUGCAUUUCCAAGGGAUUCCCCUCUGCAAGUAGACCUGUCCACCGCAAUCCUAACACUGUCGGAGAAUGGGGAACUGCAGCGAAUCCACGACAAGUGGCUCAAGACAGGUGAAUGCUUAGCUGACAACACCCAGUUUGUGGACUCGAACCAGCUCCGCCUUGAGAGCUUCUUGGGCCUGUUUCUCAUUUGUGGUGCAGCAUGUGUCCUCGCACUGCUCAUUUACUUCGGCAUCAUGCUACGCCGGUACCUGAAACAUGAACCGCCCGAAUCUAUCUCCGCAGAGCCAGGGUCAUCGAAAUCGAAGCGCAGCCUCAAAAGAUUCUUCUCGUUCGUCGAUGACCGGGAGCCACCAAAGCAAAAGCGGUCCUUGCGCCUCUCAGGGAGUUCGAUGCCAACAACGCCUACCAGUAAUGUUGACAUAGAAAGGCCGGUGAGGCCAAUCAGAAAUGGAGGUGUUGUUAAUAUAGAGAGCUAG